AAGUUGAUCGAGACGGUGGCUUUGCGGUUAAAGUUGUAGACGGGGAAUUCAUGUGGGAAGGCAUCUCUCUCGAGAAUGAAGAUCGAGAUGACGAGAAAAAUGAGCCCGUAGAAGAAGAACCGGCAAAUACCUCUUCUACGGCCUCUCUGAUCACCGAAAAAUUGGCUGGUUCGACUGAACGCAUUCACAUGCCUAAAUCUCAGCUUCAAAGUAUUAAUCUUUUGAUUCCCCGUGGAAAGCUUGUGGCAAUAGUUGGCUCCGUUGGAUCAGGAAAAUCAUCGUUAUUAUCCGCGCUCGUGGGUGAAAUGAAAAGGGUUCAUGGAGAAGUUAUUUUUGGUGGGAGUGUUGGAUACUGCCCACAAAAUGCGUGGAUUCAGAAUGCAACACUUCGUAUGAAUGUGACCUUUGGUUUGCCAUUUCACGAAGAGAGGUAUAGUCAGGUGAUUAGGGAUUGUUGUCUUGAGCCUGACCUUGCGAUAUUGCCCGCGGGAGAUAUGACGGAGAUUGGCGAAAAAGGGAUCAACUUAUCUGGAGGACAAAAGCAACGCGUAAACAUUGCAAGAGCCGUCUACUUUGAUGCCGACAUAGUUCUAUUAGACGAUCCAUUAUCCGCAAGUUAUCUUUUUACGAAUUGUAUUCAGGGUGCACUUUCUAAAAAGACGCGUUUACUUGUGACGCAUCAUUUGCAAGUCCUCACCCGAGUAGAUUACAUAAUAUUUAUGGAUAAUGGUAAAAUUUCGGAGCAAGGGACUUAUGAACAAUUGAUGAAAGAUAAUAAAAAAUUUUCGGAAUUAAUUAACGAGUUUGGUGAGGUCGAAGAGAGUGAAGGAUCAGAAAUUAUGUUAGAUUUAGAUUCAAAACGUGUAGAGAAUGAUUUUAAAUUAACGGGAUUCCUGCCAGCCAAGGAAUUGAUGCAAAAGGAAGAAAGGGUUACUGGCGCAGUAGAAAAUUCGGUCUACCUAACUUACAUCAGAGCGGCCGGUGGAAUUAUCUUGAUACCCAUCAUUUUAUUUUUGCUGAUUAUGAUGCAAGGAAGUAACAUAGGGUCGAUGAUAAUUUAUUGUGCUUGGGGCAUUUCCGAAGGACUUUUCAGUAUUUUGGUUGCCCUGUCGUUUUCUUUUGCGGGACUCGUUGCCGCCAAGAAUCUACAUAAUAAAGCAAUCAAAAGGGUAUUAAGAGCUCCCGUGGGAUUCUUCGAUACCACACCUUUAGGUCUUGAUUCCAUAUUACGAUCUUCGUUAUAUGCUCACUUUUCGGAAACGUUAACUGGUCUUUCUACAAUCCGAGCUUAUCGCGAGCAGAAGAGGUUCACAGAUAUCAACGAAUACUUCAUGGACCUGGAGAAUCGUGCAUAUUAUCUGACCAUCUCGAUCCAACGAUGGCUUGGAGUCCGACUUGAAAUAAUUGCCAAUAUACUUAUUUAUUGUGCCGGCUUGUUGUCGGUCAUUGAACGCUUCCAAAUAUUGCCUUCAAUCAUAGGAUUGAUUCUAAGUUAUGCUACUCAGGUGAACGUGGAUUUUAAUUACUGCGUUAGACAAACGGCCGAAGUGGAAGCGAAUAUGAAUGCCAUUGAGCGCCUAGUAUAUUAUUCUGAUAAUUUGGACGUUGAAGCAGAACCCAUUAUCGCGCAAAAACGACCACCGCCAGAGUGGCCGUACAAAGGAGAUAUAGAAAUAAGAGAUCUCACGAUGAAAUACGGACCUGAAUUGCCGCCCGUAAUAAAGGGAAUUUCAAUUCACAUAAAAGCGGCCGAAAAGAUCGGUUGUGGUAAAUCAACAUUAGCAACGUCAUUCUUCAGAUUCAUCGAACCAACCUCGGGACAAAUUAUACUGGAUGGGAUUGAUAUUACCACGAUAGGCCUAAAAGAUCUUCGAAGUAAAAUAACAAUUAUACCACAAGAUCCGGUUUUGUUUAACGGUACUUUGAGAACGAAUCUGGACCCAUUCAACGAACAUGAUGACUUAACGUUAUGGAAUGCACUUCGAAGAGCUCACUUGAUUAAUGGUAACCGUGAGAUCAAAGAACGCUUGGAAUCAUGUAAUGAGAAAUCUGAAUUGUCGCAGCCUCAAGAAAAGAAACUUUCCGAAGUACUGGUAGAAUCAAAUGGUGGCGGGGAAUUUUGUCUAGAUAGUCCUGUGAGGGAGCACGGAAGUAACUUCUCUCAAGGACAGCAGCAACUUAUCGCGUUGUCUAGAGCACUUGUUAGAAACUCAAAAUUAAUAAUAAUGGAUGAGGCAACAGCGAGUGUAGAUUUUAAGACCGAUUCUUUGAUACAAAAAACUAUCCGAGAGGAAUUUAUGGAAUCCACGAUUCCGGAAGAGUGA